CACACACACGCCACUAACCCAAAAUACAAAGAACUCACUUCCUCCAUUAACAACCAAAAAAAGAUUUUAAGAAGAAGGAGAAGGCAACUCAGUAACAGAAUCAUCAUCGCCAUGCCUGUUCCUUCCGACAAACCGAGACUUGUGAUCAAGAAAGUUCUAGCAAAGCUUCAAAAGGAAGGUGAAAGCGCUGUCAUUAGGAACGGCAUCACAGAGAUUGACCACAAGUUAUUGGACCCGUUCGUGUUGCUAGUUGAUUUUUCCUUUUCACUCUCAGCUGGAUUCCCAGAUCAUCCUCACAGAGGUUUUGAGAGUGUUACAUACAUGCUACAGGGAGGAAUCAUUCACAAAGAUCCCAAAGGUCAUAAAGGUACAAUCCAAGCCGGAGAUGUUCAGUGGAUGACAGCAGGAAGAGGAAUCAUUCAUUCUGAGUUUCCGGAAGAAGAAGUCAACAAUGGUUUACAGCUUUGGAUCAAUCUCCCUUCCACUGACAAAAUGAUCGAUCCAAAAUAUAAAGAGGUAUCGAGUUUAGACAUCCCGCGAGCAGAAGAAAACGGAGUUGAGGUCAAAGUCAUAGCCGGAGACUCCAUGGGAAUCAAAACUUCAGUCUACACAAAAACACCAACUAUGUUCCUUGACUUUACCCUCAAGCCAGGAUCUCAAACUCACCAGACCGUUCCAGAAUCAUGGACAACUUUCGCCUACAUUAUUGAAGGCGACGAGGGUGUGUUCGGUUCUUUGAACUCUUCCGCUAUAUCGGCGCAUCAUGUUGUAGUGUUUGGACCAGGGGGUUUAGUUAGCGUGUGGAACAAGUCAACAUCGAGGUCGUUGAGGUUUCUGUUGAUUGCAGGGGAACCAAUAGGUGAGCCUGUGGUUCAGUGUGGUCCGUUUGUGAUGAACUCACAGGCGGAGAUCGAUUUGGCUUUUGACGAUUAUCAGAAUGCUAAGAACGGGUUUGAAAUGGCCAAGUGUUAGGUCACAGUGAAAAGUGUUAACAAAAACCAUUUUAAUUUUUGGGGUUUGUUUUCUUUAUUUCACAUUCAAGAGAUGAAUCAAUGUUAGGAGCAAUAAUAACGAUGCUCUGUUUGAGAAAGUUGAUAUCAAAUUGGAAUUGUUUUGGUUGUUCUU